AUGAGGCCGGCGACGCAUAGUGAAAAAAUCGUACAUUUCCAGGACAAAUUCAUCUGGGUUGAAGAGUAUUCGUUUUGGCAACGUGAUUGCAUAAGAUGUGUCCAGGGAAUCCGAACCAGAAUAUACAAUUUUGUACUCGGUUACCCUGGAACGAGCUGGCUCAAAGUUCGAGAAUUAGCGACAAAUGUGAUGUUUAUAUUUUUGGAGUUGGUUACUGGAAGAAAGCCUGUGGAGAGGCUAGGGGCAAAUGAGAUGGCGAUUUUAGGCGAGUUUGUUAGGGGUAAAAGCUUGAAGGGAUAUGCAGAGAAUGAGAUGAUUGAGGUGAUGAAGUUGGGAUUGGUCUGCACGUCUGAGGUGGCCUCGAGGAGACUGAGCAUGGCAGAAGCUGUUCAGAUCAAGAAUUUAUUUGACACUUGUUGGUUUUACACU